CAGAAGUGAAGGUAGUUUUACUUGCGCCAGGUGAGAGAAGUCAGAAUUCUGAUAUUUAGUGUCAAAACAAAGACUGCUUUCAGUAAAAAUGAACAACCCAAUUCCAUCAAACUUAAAGUCUGAAGCUAAAAAGGCUGCUAAAAUCCUGCGGGGCUUCACUGAGAUUUCCAACAGAGAAGGCCCUGAUAAGCUUAUUCCAGCCCAUGUGAUCGCCAAAGCCAAAGGACUGGCAAUCUUAUCUAUCGUCAAAGCAGGAUUCUUGAUCACUGCUCGAGGGGGUAGUGGGAUAGUGAUUGCUCGUCUUCCUGAUGGAAGAUGGUCAGCUCCCACAGCCAUUGGUAUCGCUGGUCUCGGUGGAGGCUUUCAGUUUGGGUUGGAGGCAUCUGACGUUGUCAUAAUCUUGAAUCAGCGGCGAGCUGUGGAAGCUUUUAGCAAAGGUGAAAACCUUACAUUUGGAGGGAAUUUAACUGUGGCUGUUGGCCCUCUUGGCAGAAAUUUGGAGGCGGAUGUGGCAUUCAAAAGCACGGCGGCUGUCUACUCCUAUUGCAAGUCACGUGGCCUCUAUGUCGGAGUUUCUCUCAUUGGCUCCUACCUGAUGGAACGUAAAGACACUAACAGAAAGUUCUAUGGUCAAGAAAUUCGUGCAUCUGCUAUUCUCAAUGGAGAUGUGGAACCACCUCCAGAAGCCUAUGACCUGUAUGCUAUUUUGGAGGAUUACACUGAAAAGUACACCACUGAUUGGCAGAACAAGUACAUGAAUCCUAAUAAGAAGAGUAUAGUCCCAGCUAGGCCAGCUCCCCCAAGCCAGAGAUCAUUAUCUUCCUACACUCCAAGGGCUCAAGCUUCUUUUGCAGAAGCAAGGCCACCUCUCUAUCCCAGUCUUCAAGAUAAAGACGGUUGCAUGCUUAUAGUAACGGCCAUGCAUGAGUUCAGUGGGCAGCAGCCCGGUGAUUUGAGUUUUGCUGUAGGUGAUCGCAUCAGUGUCAUCACAAAGACGGACUCUCAGUACGACUGGUGGGAGGGAGAGCUGAGGGGAAAGGUCGGCAUUUUUCCUGCCAACUUUGUCUCUCUUAACUGAGCAUGGACAUGAGUGAUCCUUUUCCCCAAAGAUCAGUCCAAAAUGAAA